UGUUCCGCUUCAUACUCCUUGCUUCUUCUCUAAUCUUCUUCCGCUAGCAAGCACGGUCUAGGCAGAAUGGCUGCAUCAAGCGAUCACUUCCGAACACUAGAAAACGCCUCAGAUAAAAAGCUGUUGGUCGUGGGCCAUGAUCAGUCAAACUUCUGGUCAUUCGAUCAGAGGACUGGCUGGGAUCUGACACAUCCAGCAACUCCGUCUACGCCGCCAUCAAAUCCCGGGCUCAAAUUGAGCACAACCACAACCCCGAUCACCAUAGAUCCCAACAAAUCAGCGCUGCUCAUCAUUGAUAUGCAGAAUUACUUCCUGUCGUCCGCUAUGGGUCGCAAGAAUGGAGAAGGCCACGAGGCUGAGGCCGCAUUGCUUGAAGAGGCCAUUCCCGCAGCCCGAAAGGCCGGCAUCCAAAUCGUGCACCUCACCUGGGGUAUCAGCGAAGAAGAAUUGGCCGUCUUACCACCAGUCAUCUUCCGCAUUUUUGGAUUCGACUUUGAUGCCACCAACUGCAUGAUCGAAGAAUUCGAAAAUGGCCGUGAGAAAGAAAGCAAAGGAGACGGAGGUAUCGGCGAACCAAUUGGGGAUGUUACUCUACCCGACGGCUCCGUGGUCGAAGCAGGAAGGCUGCUGAUGCGCGAUCAAUGGAACACGGAGCUACACGAUCCACUAAAAGCCGAUUUUGAAGCCUCGCAAAACACCUCACUCCCGGACUUACGAUUCCACAAAGCCAGGCGGUCAGGGCUUUGGGGUGGUUCAACGCCCUGCGUCGAGUUUCUGAAAGAGAAGGGCAUCAAGGCAUUGCUCUUUAGCGGCGUAAAUACUGAUCAGUGCGUUCUUGCGACGAUUCAAGAUGCAUCGAACCAUGGAUUUGACACAGUUCUCUUGAGAGACGGAUGCGGAACAACGAGUCCGGAUUAUGCUCGAAAGACAGCUGAGUACAAUUGCCGGAAAUCAUGGGGAUUUGUCUCGUCUUGCAAGGCGUUGUCAGAUGGAGCGGCGAACUGAAUGGAAAAUACUGCUGGUCGUGUCCAGUCUCCAAAACUUUAACGCCAAAGGAUGUACACGCAAUCAUCGUACGGCUUCUCGUCGUCCUCCCCAGUCUCAUUGAGAAGAUCUUCAUAUCGUCCAUCGUCCGUUGAUAUCAGAGAGAAACAUCCACAUGUCGCCGUACUGGAAUGGAACUGUUCUUCCGCCUCUUGGGGAUGUUGAGGGCAAGACUGGCGUUGCGCGCGGUUUCCAGGCCAAAAUCGUCACUCAGCGGCUGGAGUAAGGAUUACAUUCCAAGAUUCUAGUCAGAACAAGCAAGAAGUGG